AUGGUCUCCAGGAGCCUCGGCUGCCCUGCAUCUCAGACGCCCAAGUUGCUGCAGGCCUUGCGAUUGAUCCCUUCCGUCGAGCUGGGCGAUUUCGCUCAUCUACGUGCUUACCUGACCCGCCGUCAGGGCGCCCCCGGAGCGCCCGUCCUGGCCACCGCCUUCUUAGGCGAACUUCGACGUCGACACUUUGCCGACUUAAACCACGAAGCACGCCUGACCUACGCUGCAAGCCGCCUUGGCGCUGCCAGAUGCGACGUUCGGACGCUCCUCCCGUCCUUGGCCGAGCGGGUCUUCCUGGCCAAGGACAGCAACGCUGCAGCGACUCUAAUGACGGCUUUCGCCCACAGCCUAGCUGUGGAUGCUUUUCACAACUUGCUGGAGACUCUGAUGGAAGUCUUCAUCCGAAUGGGCACAGCGAGCACUACCGAUCUUUCGACAAACACAGCAAGGUCUGUGGACUCCCAGCAAGAUGAGGAGAAGGCCGAGGCGGCUCAGUUCGUCAUGAAGACAGCCAUGAACUCCUUGGGCUCAGUCGUGAUGGGAGGACCGAGCAUUUUCACAUUCUUGCUUCAAGAUAGCGAUGCAUUUGUGAAUUUCCGGACUUCCUUCUCCGGAGGAGCCACUGACUCUGCGAAGGCCAAGAAGAAGAAGGAGGGGAGAAAGAAGAAAAGAAAUGAGCCCUCCACCUCGGAGGAAGACCUCUCGGAUGAUGACAUGGAAGUGGACAAGGGCUUGAUUCUGCAGGUUCCGCAGAAGGAGUUUACGAGAAAGGCCAACCAGAGGACGAUGGACGACCUCGGCAACCGCCAGUUGGCCUACGUGCUCGCAGGCCUCAGCACCUGUAUGCCCAGCGACUUGGUCGAAGUGGGCGGCUCCUGUGAAUCCAUAUUGCUCGAGAGUGCUUCCCGCUACAAGAAGCAGAAGGACAAGGCAGGCGAGACACAAGCACUACAGAAGGCCGGCUUCGCAUGA